CGGCUGCUGUGCUAGGACAGGACAUAAAUUGGGUGGCUUUCCUGCUUUUCCUCGGUUCGUUUUUCUCUUCAGACAUACAGAGUUGAACUCGGUUUAGUUGCUUUUGAUACCCCGUUACCCUUGAUUCGAUACUCAGCAGAGUAUACUUGUACAGUGCAAAAUGUGGUGCAGUGCCGUUAUUGUGAUGGGUAUCACGUCCUACUUUAUUCACAGGGGGCCUCGUGGGCAGCACAUCAUCUACCAGGAAGUCAUCGCCACCAUGUCCGUCGUCUUCUUCCUCCCCGCCUUCCUCUCGCCUUUCAUGCCCAAGGUUGUCUCCGGCUUUGUGUUCUUCAUCGACGUCAUCUUCUCCUACCUCUGGCUGACAGCCUUCAUCUUCGCGGCCCAAGACUACAACUGGCUCCAGUGCAGAUUCUUCGCUCCCCCCGGUCUAGCCUGCUCCAGGAAAUACGCUAAUGAGGCGUUCAUCUUCCUCGCUUUCAUCUUCACCUUCUUCGGCAUGUUCCUUGAGGUUUUGUCACUUUGGUCUCAGCGUGAGGAGAACCCGCAUCGGGAGAAGGACGGCCAUGCGACGCCGGCGCCGCCUGCGGCGACUUCUGCGGUCUAAGUAUUUGCUAGGUCGGUUGCUGCAUGGCUAGCUGGUGGGUGGGCAGUAUGACCGUCCAGUGGAGGUGUCAGCUGCAUGUGCAUGCGCAUGCGUAUGCAUGGUGACUUGGGCAUUGAGUGCCUUUGAUGGGUUUGGCUUAUUUGCUAUACCAUCGUCUUAUCGUCGAUAUCCCUAUAUUCUCAGGUAAUUCUUAUGCCGAUUCUUGACUUAUUGGUUCGAUCUAAUGCUAAUAUAAUAUCCCUGUCGUUG